AUGAAUGAGCCUGUCAGCAGCGAUGAUGACGGGGACGAGCAAGAGACAUGGGACGACUUGAGCAACGAAGAUCUGCAGGACAAGCAAGCCUGCAGGAGCCUGUUCGAUGACACGACCCACGCAACGGCAAGAGCAGCGUUAGACUACGACAAGCGACGGCAUGGCUACGACCUCUUGUUGGAUUGCAAACGACUCGGCUUGUCAGAGUAUGGCCCGAUCAUGCUCAUCAACUACCUUCGUCGAGCAAGCGACCCCAUAGCGGCCAGCAAAGCCGUUCCGGAUGACCUCACGAAAGAUGAGAGCCUCUUCCGUCCAGUCAUCGAAAAUGACCCGCUGUUGCAACUCGACUUUGACGAGCUGCUUGAGGAUGAUACGCAUGCUUCUAGCGACGAGCUCACGAGCACCAAGCGAGCCUUAGCAGAGGCCCAGAGCCAGCUCACCCUGCUACGUCAGGGCUUCGAUGACCUGCGCGAACGGUAUCGUACUGCUGUGUUAGGCGACACUCGCUCGCUUGGGGAUGACGUCUCGCCUGCGCAACUCGAAGCAGCAGGAACGCGGGAUGACGAUACGCAUUACUUUGAGAGCUAUGGCCACAACGACAUUCACGAGAUCAUGAUCAAAGAUGUCAUGCGCACCCGAACGUACCGCGACUUCAUGCUCACCAAUCCUGCUCUGUUCAAGGACGCCAUCGUGCUCGACGUCGGCUGUGGCACAGGCAUCUUGUCCAUGUUUGCGGCCAAAGCAGGCGCAAAGCACGUCUUUGCAGUCGAUGCGAGCAGCAUCGCCCACAAAGCCGAGCGUAACAUCAAGGAGAACGGUCUCGAUGACGUGAUCACUGUCAUCUGCGGUAAGAUAGAGAAGAUCGUCCUGCCAGUCGAGCAUGUCGACAUCAUCAUCUCCGAAUGGAUGGGCUACUUCUUGCUCUACGAGUCGAUGCUCGAUUCUGUGCUCUUUGCGCGGGAUCGCUACCUCAAGCCAGGCGGACUCAUGGCGCCCUCCCAAUGCUCGAUCCACAUCGCUGGCGUGCAAGCCAAGGAGUAUCUCGGAGCUCAUCUGGACUUCUGGAAUGACGUCUAUGGUUUCAAGAUGUCCGCCAUGCGUGACAACUACACAGGCUCGGCGCUCGUCGAUUACUUCAAGUCAACCUUGGUCCUCACUGACACAUGCUCCGUCAAGGAUGUCCAUACAACUACAACCACUGUGGCUGAGCUCGCGUUCGGAAGCAAUGUCAAGCUGACGGUGAAGACGUCCGGUACGCUGCACGGCCUGCUAGGCUGGUUCGAUACGAUUUUCACGCUCGACGGACGAUUGGAAGAAGGACUCUCUUUGCCUCUUGCUGCAGAGGCUCGACGUAAAGGCGAGACUGGCUUCUCCACCGGACCGAGAGCGGUGGACACACACUGGAAGCAGACGCUCUUUGUGCUCGAUAAGCCCAUCGACGUUCAAGCAGGAACGGUGCUCGAAGGUCGCUUCCGUUGCAGACCGAGUGACAGCAAUUCUCGAGAGCUCAGCAUCGAAGUCGACUUUUCGCUCGAUGGAUCGUCUCAUGUUGUUGCGCAGGCCUGGAAGCUCAUCCGCAUUUUUAGUACCAGACCACAAAGCAUAGAUAAAAUGUCGAACAACUCUGCAGAACCCUCAAAGCUCAAUGCCAACUACAACUCGCUCGUCGGCACCGCCACCGAGAUGGUCGGCAAUGCGACCGGCAUGACAGACCUCGCACAGUCCGGCAAGGAGCAGCACGCCAAGGGCGAAGCUGAGUACAAGGCGGCUCAGGCUCAAGGCUACGCCGAGGGUGUCUCUGACCGUGUUGGUGGCAAGAUCGACAACGUCGUCGGCGCCGUGACGGGUGACGAUGCCAAGCAGACCUCUGGUCAAGCGCAAGAAGCCAAGGGCAAGGCUCAGCAGAAGCUCAAUGAGCCAUAA